AUGCCUCUGAUCAAUGAGUCACAUGAUUCUCUUCCCUACAUCGAUGCAGAGCCUACUCCUCAGGAGCGUGCCGCUGCCGAACAGCUCAUCUCCGCAGAGCUGUCGGCGGACUAUCAGUCGACCCUCCAUCCAGCGAUCCCCGCGUUGCCGGAGUCCCGAUUCUCCCCUCUCAUCGAGCAGGAGCUCGCGCGGAAGGAGGCCGGUCAGCCGCUGACGGGCGGAAUCGACCUGUCGCGCUACGAAGCUCCUGAGCCCCCCUCGGGCACGUCCACCACCGAAGAAGAGGCCACUCGCGCUCUGGCCGAGUGGCGAAAGACCUUGCAGAGAGCGUAUACGUCGAGCUCCCAUCUCUCGACGAGACACGCCAAUCUGACGCUGCUCGAAGAGAACGGCAAGAAUGCCUGGCUCAUUGCCAAUUCCCAAUUGGAGGACAUGUUACGCAGUGUAGAGAAAGAAUUGGCGGAGACCAAGCAGGCGGUGGAGAAUGUCCACAAAGAGCGAAAAAUGGCGCAGGAGGCCAGCAAAGGCGAGCUUGUGGGGUUGGAAGACACCUGGAAACGCGGAGUUGGCUCAACCCUGGAUGUGGAGGUGGCUGCGGAGGGCUUGCGGAUGCAGAUUCUGGAGCAUAGACGUCAGGUGGCACAGCAGUCCGCCCGGUAG